AUGGGGCUUGUUUAUUUCUUAUUUGUUUAUGUACUAGGUGGAUUAACUUUCUUACCUGGAUUGGUUGCCCUAUAUUUUUAUCUCGCCCCAAAAUCAACCUUAUCUGAUGAUAAUGAACUUGACGAAGAGAAACCAUCUGGUGAACUAGAAGAAAAACAUCAGUCUGGUUUAGAAGCAUAUAAGAGUGGAUGGAUAUUUGUCACUCGUGAUUACAUUGAAAGUCCCGAUGAAAUCAAUUCAAAUACUCAACUGAUAACCGAAUCAAAUGAUAAUAAAUCGGCUUAUUCGGCAUUAUAUAAAUUGGUGAAAGACCUGGCAACCAAAAAAUUCAAAGACAAUUCCCAACUGAAAAAGCUUCAACCAGAAGAGAAGAAAUUCCUUGACCAUGACGAUAACGAUUUAGAUGAAUUGAAUAAAGAUACAUUUGCGUUGCCAAAGGAUACCAAUAGUCCAAACCCAAAAUCGUAUAGCCACCAUCAACGUCAUGAUCCACAACCACAACAUAAUCACCAGUCGCAAAAUCAACCACAACAACAAAUUAGAUCAUCACAGAAGAAGCAUCGUUACUUUGCUGUUUUAAAACAUGGAAAUUUGUUUUUAUACAAAGAUCAAACUUUAAAAGAUGUCAAGCAUGUGAUUGUGUUGGCACAUCAUUUUGUCAGUAUUUGGCCUCGAGAUUUAACUGAUGCCCAAUUAUUUACAAAAUAUUCAGCUCUUGCAUUAAUCAACCCUAGCAAAUUGACUGACACACCAUUUUCCACUAAUGACACUUUUAAUUCAACUGUCAAUACAUCCAAUGGGACAGAAAUUUCUUCAUCAACCAGAUCAUCACUUUCAUCUCGUACUACAGAUCAACAACAGAACCUGCAACAGCAAACUAAUAACAAUGCCCCACCAGGAACAUUUUUCAUUUAUUGUGAAAACAAUUGCGAUAAAGAAGAUUGGUAUUUUGCCUUGAUUAGAGCCAUGAAAUUAGAAAAAUCUGAACUACCUGAUAUCUUGAAUCCAGAAAAAUAUGCCGAAACGUCACAUUUUCAAACAAAAGAAAUGAUAAAUUUAAUACAAACAUUGUAUAGUUCAGAAGGUCAAUUGCAAACCAAAUGGUUGAAUGCAAUUAUCGGACGAUGGUUUUUGGCAAUGAAAAAUACUAAACAUUUUGAAGAUUAUGUUUACAAAAAAUUGAGUAAAAAAUUAAAUAAAAUCAAAAAACCUGGGUUUUUCAAUCAGUUUGAAAUCACUGAUAUUCAACCAGGUAAACUGGCCCCAUUCUUCACCUAUCCAAAAUUGAAAGAAAUCAACCCAGAUGGGACAGUUGUAGCUUCAUGUUAUGUAACAUACAAUGGUGGAUUAUCGGUAACAAUAGAAACCAAAGUUGAUUUAACUUUUGGGACCAAAUUCACCAAUAGAGAAGUUGAUUUAGUGUUGAAAAUUACCUUGAGCAAAUUAGAGGGCCCAAUGCUUUUUAAAUUGAAACCACCCCCAAGUGGCAGAUUUUGGUACUGUUAUGAAUUGGACCCUAUAGUUAAUUUUAAAAUUGAACCACUUUUAAGUUCAAGAACGUUGAAUUUCAAUUUCAUUACCAAUUCAAUUGAAAAGAAAUUCAAAGAAGCAAUUAAAGAAAGCUUGGUUUAUCCAUUUUGGGAUGAUAUUGUGUUUUUCGAUAGUUCAGAUCAAUUGUAUCGUGCUGGAAUUUGGAAAGAACCAAAAAUUGACAAAGACGAAACUACUGCCCUGGAAAAGGAAAAUACGGAAAACAAUCAAACUGAUAAUGAGUCCGCUGGUGUCGACGAAGAUAAUUCGACAAAUAAGUUUGAUGAUAUUGAUGCAAAAUCAGAAUUAUCAACGAGUUCCAGAUCAUUAAGAAAUGGCAAGUUUUCGAAUACGUUAACUGAUUUAACUAAGCGUAUGAAAAAAAAAUCUUCACCAUCAUUAUCUAAUACUGAAGAUAGCUUAUCGGUCAAUACUAAUAACACUGCAAGUCUUAGUGCUAGUAGCGCAACCCUUAACAAAACUCCAAGCAAACUGGAUCUAACGGCAUCGCAAUCUCCAAACACCAAUUCAACACUUGUUUCCAGUACAUUUAAAAAAAUUGGUAAAUGGUAUUUCAAAGAUGAUGGAUCUAGUAAAAAGCAACAUGAUGAAAAAUUAGGUUAUACUCCUCCUGAAAUGAUAUCAAGUAGACGAGCUCCUAGAAAAUCGUCUAGUUCAAUGACGUUGGGAUCUGAUUCUACUCGUUAUACAUUAGCAACCGAAGACAACAAGGAUUUACCAGAUAUUGAAAGUGCUAACUCAACCAGUGCAUCAGUUUCCAACACUGCUACUACUGCACCAUCACUGGAACUUUCCAAUAAAGGUACUACCACCACUGCACCUGUAAAUGUUAUCAGCUUAUCCAACAAUUCUACAAUUCCAUCUGUCGCAGUAGGGGCAGAUGCUACAACAACAGCACCAGCACCAGUGGCAAACUCAAAGUUGACAUCGACGCCACUUGAUAAUCAAACCCCAUCAUACAACUUCAGUCGACUAGAUAAUAAUAAUGAAGAUCUUUCAAUAUUUAGUGUUGCAUAUCAGAAUGCUGCUCAAAUAAUUCCAUCACUGACUCCACCACCAUUGCCACCACGUGAUAUAUCAGAUAAUUUGUCUAUUAGAAGUGGAAGUUUGGUUGGUGAACCAACCAUCAGUUUAUCUCAACCAAAUUCUCCUAUACGAACCAAAACAUUAACUAGAAAACCACCGCCACCAAAAUCUCCAUUACUACACGCCCAUUCUCCAAAUCAAGAUAUAAAAGAUUUAUAG